CAAAUUCAUCCUUGUCCACGAUGGCAACGUCAGGCCUUUCCCGCCGCCGAGGGGCGGCCGCCUCAUCAACCGACCAAGACGACUUCACAUCUUCCCCGCCGUCGUCUGCCCACACACCUGGGAGCACCACGCCCGCCGCAGACACGCACGCACACGCCGGCUCAGCAUUUGCAUUCGGCGGGUCACGUAUCGCUUUCGACCCACGCGACCUGCCGUCCGCCGAUACCGAAGUAGAAGGCGGGACUGUCCCCAAGCUGACGCUCAUGGAGGAGGUGCUACUACUCGGCAUCAAAGACAAGCAGGGAUACCUCAGUUUCUGGAAUGACAAUAUCAGCUACGCGCUGCGCGGAUGUAUACUCAUCGAGCUCGCUCUGAGAAGGAGGAUCGCGAUUGUUCAGGAUCCGUCGCGGAAACGCAGUCCACUGCCCGACCGCCACAUCACAGUUCUCUCCACCCGUCAGACCGGGGAGACACUACUCGACGAAACGCUGCGGCUCAUGAAGCAAACAGAGGAUGGAGGAGAACGCAUGGGCGCAGGAACAUGGGUCGAUCUGCUCAGUGGCGAGACGUGGAAUCCUCUGCGCAUCCCUUUCCAGCUAAAACAAGUUCGUGAGCGGCUAGCGAAGGGACUAGUCGACAAGGGUGUCCUCCGAACCGAAAAACGCAAUCUCUUGCUCUUUGACAUGGCCACGCAUCCAGUCGCUGACGCUAAUAUCAAAGCCAGUGUCGUCAAUCGCACAGUUGCUCUGUUGACCAGUGGCACGAGUGCGAUCCCACCAAACGCUUUGCUUCCUGCUGGGACACAGGCCCGGACGCUCCGGGCAGUAUGUCUCGUCGUCUCUGCGUACACUGCAAGCGUGCUUGACAACGCGUUCGGGCGACUGGGAUAUGAAGAACGGGAGGGUGCCUUUGCUAGAUGCGACGAGAUCCUCGCAGAAUUCACAAUGUGGCCGCUUGGCGGUGGUGGAGAACCGAAACGGACGAAACCACGUGUGGCGGGUGGAUCCUCUGCUUCCUACAUCUCCGGUGCAGAGAGCGUUCGGGGACUGAUCGCCGCUGUGAAAGCGGAAGCAGCAGAGGCAUCAGCUGGCACAGCAGUGGAAGAUAACACGGGCAUGGAGCUGAUCGCCGCCGUCUUCGAGGUCCUGGGUAAACUAGACUCGUUGCUGUAGUUGCAAGGGACAUGCACUGUCGAUAUGCGUAACGCUAGUGUACUCCAUCUUCCGGCAGAGUAGAGAAUCAUCGCAGAGCCGCACUCUUCCACCACAGGCCCCCAUCCCCUACUAAAGCCCGGCGACCCUGUGUAACUAGACUAAAGAGCCCGCCUUUUCACCUAGAAUCCGCACAAAUCUCUAGAUCUCUUCCCUAGGGUUCUAUUUUGGCUUGAGCCUUAUCCAGGAAAAUUAUAUCAAAUCACGCAGAUGAUUUGAGUGCAGAGCGAGUCUGUAAUCGGACGUCAAUAGACAAAAACGCGGCAUGUCGUGUGAAAGGAGACUAUCCUUUCCAACAGCGGACAAUCUGUUUCUUACUGAGGAGCUUGGGAUGUGAUGUAUCGCUGCGAUUGGAUCAUGACCAGACAUGCCCUCCGAGCAAAAGGAGCCCAGAGUGGCAGUGACGAGGUGAUGACAUUCUGCAGUAUUGAUAGAAUAACAGUGUUGGAAACCGAUUUUACGGAGGCACGCGAAGGAAGAGCACUCGCCCACAAUCUUUUUGAAUCUCCCGGCACCCCGAUCCGCGCAGGUCUAAAAUUGACUCUCGCCGAUACCAAGCUCCUGAUUAGUCCACUGUUUACCGGCCCCAGCCUGCCCCCCAGAUAGCCUCUCACGAGGAUCUUCGAGAACACGACCCUGUGUUCCUCAGUUAAUCGAUCUCGUCGGCCUGUUGCGAUGAUUCCGAUCCCCUAGAGAAACUUGUGGUCGUCACCCCUAGGUGUGAAGUGUGACCAGUCCGGUCAGCAAUUGACCGGUACUUACGGGAAAGGGUGUUACCGAACUGGUCCGGCCCGGAAGGCCUGAUGAUUCUGUGGCUGCGCCGGCUGAUCGGUUGCUAUGACCCGAAGCCGCCCAGCAUUUUUUUCCACCCACCUGCUCAUGUUUUCUCUGAUGCCGUUCUUCGCUUCUGCACAAGGCCAGAUACUGGUGCGGGCCUACUUUUCUGCGCUCCACUCGCAUAUACAAUGCGUUAUGCGUUGCCGCAAUCGAGGUACCAACAACGAAACGCUGACGCAAUCGAAUAUAAAAGUUUGGGCGCUUAUGUAGCUGCCCCACGCGUUUGCCGGGUAAACGAGUUUUUCUGGGGCCCCGACCUACCGCGGGGUAUCAGAUCUUGAUGGGUCUUCGAUUGACACAGAGCACUGCGUUGGCCCUUCUGUGAAUUCAUGACUGUGGAUCGAAGCAGAAUCUUGGGACUGGGACAACGCCGCACAUCUUCCGUGGGGGACAGAUUGUGCGACCCAGUUCACACAUCCAUCCAUGACACGCUGAAUCCAGCUGAUGAUGCGACGACAUGUGUUCGUAUGGAAUGCGGAGAACGGCUUCUUUUUGUGAUAGAUGGAGAUCCACUUGACCGCCAGAACCCCAUUCUGCCCACGUCCGAACGACACAUGACCAUCGGCCCGGGAGCAUCAGAGUGGUUAAAAGCCACGAGUGUGGAGAAAGAUUCGACUGUGUUGCAACCCCGUUCCCACCAUGAGCAAGAGUUACAGUCCCCGCAUUGCAUCCAAUCCCGUGCGAAGACCCACCUUCUUCUCCGCUCUGACUUCCUUCUGACUUCAGCCCAGUACAUCGUUGGAUCAUUCGCAUGUAUCGGCGGAGGCCUGUUCGGGCUGGACAUCUCGUCCAUGUCUGGUGUGCUCUCGAAUCCGGCAUACCUGAAGACGUUCCACAAUCCGACUUCUAACCCUCAGGGAGCCAUCGUGGCGGCCAUGCCUGCAGGAUCUUUCGUUGGGUCUCUGCUCGUUACGUCCCUUGGUGACAAGAUCGGCCGUAAGCGGACGGUGCAGCUCGCCGGUCUCAUUUGGGUCAUCGGGUCUAUUUUGCAAUGUGCUUCCAUUGACCGUGGGAUGCUCGUGGUCGGCCGUAUCAUCUCUGGUAUCUCUGUCGGUCUCGCCUCUUCCGUCGUGCCGAUCUAUCAAGCUGAAGUCACUGCACCUCAUCUCCGAGGACGGCUGAUUUCGCUCCAGCAGUGGUCUAUCACAUGGGGGAUCCUGAUCCAAUACUUCAUCCAGUUUGGCUGCUCCUACAUCAACGGCACCGCAUCCUUCCGCAUUCCCUGGGGUCUGCAAAUGAUUCCCGCUAUCAUCCUCGCAAUCGGCAUGCAGUUCUUCCCCGAGUCUCCGCGUUGGUUGGUCGACAACGGUCACGAGCAGGAAGCCUUGAUCGUUCUAGCCGAUCUGCACGGUGGAGGUGACGUCAACGACGAGCUGGUCCUGCUUGAGUACGAGGAGAUCCGGCAGCAGGUUGCGUUCGAGCGGGAUGAGGGGGCAAAGAGCUACAUGGAUCUCGUCAAGCCCGGCAUUUUCCGCCGUGUUUUCCUCGGUUCGUCGUUGCAGAUGUGGUCUCAGCUGUCGGGUAUGAACGUGAUGAUGUACUACAUCAUCUACGUGUUCCAAGGCGCUGGUCUCUCCGGUCGUCGAGGCAAUCUCAUUGCCGAUGCGGUCCAAUACGUGCUCAACGUUGUUGCCACCGUCCCGGCCAUCAUCUACAUCGACAAAUGGGGCCGUCGGCCGAUGCUGCUUGCGGGCACUCUCGCUAUGGGAUUCUGGCUGUUCCUCGUCGGCGGCCUGCAGUCCAAAUUCGGGCACUGGGACACGAGCUCGCCGCCCGUCUGGGUUAUCGAGGGCCACGACGCCGCAACCAAGGCCAUCAUCGUCUGCUCGUACUUGUUCGUCUGCUCGUUCGCCGUGACUAUGGGCCCGGUUUCUUGGACUUACCCGGCCGAGCUCUUCCCGACCAAGGUGCGCGCCAAGGCCGUCUCUGUAGCCACCUCGGCCAACUGGGCUUUCAACUUUGCCCUCGCGUGGGCGGUCCCACCUGCGCUGUCCCAUAUCGCGUACAAGACGUAUUAUAUCUUCGGGACCUUCAAUUUCGCCGCCUUUGUGCACAUCUUCUUCAUGUUCCCCGAAACCGUUGGCCGCUCGCUCGAAGAAGUCGAAGCCAUCUUUGCGGAGGGACACGUCUUCUCGCCGUGGCGGAUUGGUCGCGAUGUUGGGGUCAAAACCCUGGCCGAGGUGUCUGCGGCGAGGAAGACGGGUGCCAACGAGGAAAAAGCUAGCGUCGAGAAGCUCGAGGCUUGAGCACAUCUUGUUACCUGUAGUUUACGUUUCUUUCACGAUGGUCGCAUGUCUGCUUUACGAUUUGUUGUACGAUAACUGCACGUAGUUUGAAUGAUAUCGACGCACUUGAAUCUCAUGUCGUAUGGCGCACUAUGAUGGAA